CCCGGUGGCCAGGCCUCACCUGUCCGCAGGCCCGGGAGCCGCCCUCCGCCGACUGCCGUGCCCCGGGCCGGUGCCGCGGGAAGGUGGCUACGCGAGGCGCAGGGGCCCGCUCGGAGGCCUGGACGGCGCGGCCAGGUGAUGGUGGGCCCCUGUGUUUCUCGAGAGGAAAGGGCACCCCCAGAGCAGCCGUGUCCCCGGACUGCCCCAGUGAGGCAUUUUGACAUUACCCUUUGGGAAGUGAGCCGCCCUGAACCUGUCUCCGUUAAGUGUCCUUAGGAUGCAGUGAUUAAGGAAUUAGGCUUUCCCUCCGGGAGGGGCACUGCCUGCGCCUGCGAACUCCAUAAAGAGAAAAAGGACAGAAUGAUGCUGUCCGAGCAAGCCCAAAAGUGGUUUCCAACCCACGUGCAGGUCACAGUGCUUCAAGCCAAAGAUCUGAAGCCAAAAGGCAAAAGUGGCACCAAUGACACAUACACUAUAAUUCAGUUGGGCAAGGAAAAAUACUCCACUUCUGUAGCUGAGAAAACCCUUGAGCCAGUCUGGAAGGAAGAGGCCUCUUUUGAGCUACCUGGAUUGCUAAUGCAGGGGAAUCCAGAGAAAUACAUUCUUUUCCUCAUAGUUAUGCACAGGUCCCUGGUGGGUCUGGAUAAAUUUUUAGGGCAGGUGGCAAUCAAUCUCAAUGACAUCUUUGAGGACAAACAAAGAAGGAAAACAGAGUGGUUUAGAUUAGAAUCCAAACAAGGAAAAAGCGUCAAAAACAGGGGUGAGAUAAAGGUCAAUAUUCAAUUUAUGAGGAACAACAUGACAGCAAGUAUGUUUGACUUAUCAAUGAAGGACAAAACAAGAUCUCCUUUUGCAAAAUUAAAAGAUAAAAUGAAAGGUAGAAAAAGUGAUGGGACAUUUUCUGAUACGUCUUCUGCAAUCAUUCCAACUACUCACAUGCCCGAUGCCAGUACUGAAUUUUCAAGUGGUGAAAUGCAGAUGAAAUCCAAACCAAAAAAGCCUUUUCUUUUGGGUCCUCAGCGACUCUCAUCAGCGCACUCAAUGUCUGAUUUAUCUGGGUCUCACAUGUCUUCCGAGAAACUGAAGUCUAGCGCCAUAGGUCAAACACAUCUUCUUGGACGCCAGAUAGAUUCCUUUGGAAUUGUUCCAGAAAGUGGAAGUCUCAAAUCUCCACACAGAAGAACAUUAAGCUUUGAUACUUCUAAAAUGAACCAACCUGACAGCAUCGUGGAUGAAGGUGAAUUGUCUUUCGGAAGACAAAAUGACCCAUUUACAAAUGUGACUGCUUCAUUACCCCAAAAAUUUGCAACACUGCCAAGGAAGAAAAAUCCAUUUGAAGAAAGCAGUGAAUCGUGGGACAGCAGCAUGAAUUUAUUUUCAAAAACAAUUGACGUAAGAAAAGAAAAUAAAAGAGAAAAAAGGGAAAAAGUUAGCCUGUUUGAAAGAGUUACUGGAAAAAAAGAUAGCAGAAGAUCUGAUAAACUUAACAAUGGAGGAUCUGACAGUCCUUGUGACUUAAAAUCACCUAAUGCAUUUAGUGAAAAUCGUCAGGACUAUUUUGAUUAUGAGUCAACUAAUCCGUUUACAGCAAAAUUCAGGGCUUCAAAUAUAAUGCCAUCUUCAAGUUUUCAUAUGAAUCCGACAUGCAAUGAAGACCUCAGGAAAAUCCCGGACAGCAACCCUUUUGAUGCCACUGCAGGGUAUCGUAGCCUGACCUACGAAGAGGUACUCCAGGAACUGGUGAAACACAAAGAGCUCCUCAGGAGGAAGGACACCCACAUCCGGGAGCUGGAGGACUACAUCGACAACCUCCUCGUCCGGGUGAUGGAAGAAACGCCCAGUAUUCUCAGAGUGCCGUACGAGCCAUCCAGGAAAGCUGGCAAAUUCUCCAAUAGUUAAUAAAGCCAGUUGUACUGUUUAUAAUUGGAGGAAGAAAGAGAGAAAGAAGGAAAAACUUGUUACUGAAAGAGACAACACUAUGAGAGGUUUCAUUUCAUACUCUCCUACAUUGUGAAAAAUUGUUUUACCUGUAAAUAUCAGCAGGGACUAUCAAGAGUGACCUUUGAAGCAAGCAAAAUAAUUUAAAAAUGGGCCAUAUUCUCAAUGAAUAAGCAGUUCCUUAGGAUUCACUUAGGUGCUGGUGCUGGCCCACUAACCUGCCAUAUGCCCAGAAAUAUCUUCAGAAGUACAUGAGUUAUUCCUCAGGAAUAGAUUUUUCAUAAAGCAGAAUUGAUACUGUGGUUGGUUUCUCAGAAGUCAAUUUGUAGAGCUAUUUAGCUUCAGGAAUACUGCUUCAUUAUAAACACUACUGAAAAUACAGUUCCUAUUUUAUAUACAUAUAUGUACAUGAAUAUAUGUUCAUGUAUCUUGUAUAUAAAAUACAGGCAUAUACCUCAUAUAUACAUGUGUUUUUAGAACAUUUAAAAACCAACUGGUUGCCUCUAAGGUUAGGAUACCGAUUUCGUAAUUUGAAACUGUGUGUGCUCUAUCGAUGCAAGACAAGUCAUCAUCAUUACCAUUAUGGUUUGUUACAGAGAAGCUGCUUCAAAUCACUCUUGACUGUGUGAACCUUGGUUUCAAAGGGAGCUACUAUGUAUUACUCCCACAUCAAAUUUUUGCUCUCUUCCCAAAAGUAAUGCUCUAAAAUCCUAAUGACAAAUUUUAGGACCAUUCGUUAACUUUACAACAGCAUGAAUUUCUUUGAAUUAUUUAAUAAUUAUCUUAACAUGGGUAUAAGCAGAAGAUGAACUAAUGUAAUUUGUUUCAUUGCAAUUGUGCAUGCCACUAAGUCACUGGCAAAGAAAAUAUUGUGAAGUUAGCUCUGAAAAUAAUUUGGGGAAAGAAAAGUAGGUGAUCAUCUGGUGUUUGAUAACCCAAAGCAGUGGGCAAACUCAAGACAUGAAAAAUUAGGCUUGGUUUCAAGUUACAUCAAUAACAGAGCAGAUGGUUGCUUUGGGGUCUUGAACCAAAAUAAGACUUAAUAAAGGAAGAGUGAGUUUUUAGAACAAAUCUUUGCUAGGAUGACAUAUUUUAUAUAUGUAUAUUAUUCUACCAUCCAAACUUUAAGAGUUGA